GAAAUGAGUAAGAGAGACUGGAAGAGACAGAGAUUAGAGAGGGAGAGAGACAGGGGUGAGACGGGGAGACAGGGACAGUCUGAAAGAAAGGGAGCGCGAGAAGAAGGGGCCAUAACAGACACACAGAGUGUGAGAGAGCAGAGAAGUGAGACAGGCCUGUGAGGGGCAGCACCUGACGGCCAUUGGACGGAGCACCCACACCGCCCUCCUGCCCCCUGUCCUUGGGACCCAGAGCUGCCUGCUCCGACCUGCGAGCCCCUGACCUCGGCUCCGUCCCCAGCCGGGUCAGCUGCAGGGACGCGCACACAGCCCCUUUCUUUCUCGCCCUCGAUGGAGGAGGGCCGGCCUCGCAGCAGCCUCAGCCUGGCCAGCAGCGCCUCUACCAUCUCGUCGCUCAGCAGCCUGAGCACCAAGAAGCCCACCCGGGCAGUAAGCAAGGUGCACGCGUUCGGGAAGAGAGGCAAUGCACUCAGAAGGGACCCCAACCUCCCGGUGCACAUCCGAGGCUGGCUGCAUAAGCAGGACAGCUCCGGGCUCCGGCUCUGGAAACGCCGCUGGUUCGUUCUCUCCGGCCAUUGCCUCUUCUACUACAAGGACAGCCGCGAGGAGAGCGUCCUGGGCAGCGUUCUGCUCCCCAGCUACAGCGUCCGGCCGGAUGGGCCAGGCGCCCCCCGGGGGCGGCGCUUCACCUUCACCGCGGAGCAUCCUGGCAUGCGGACCUACGUCCUGGCGGCGGACACGCUGGAGGACCUGCGCGGAUGGAUACGCGCGCUGGGCAGGGCCUCCCGCGCGGAGGGAGAUGAUGGUGGGCGACCCAGGUCUCCCGCACGCCCCCAGCCGGGGGAGGGCCCGGGCGGCCCCGGCGGUCCUCCAGAGGCGAACACGAGAGACGAGGGGCCCAGCUUAGAAUCGCCGCAAGGGGCUCGGCUUUCCAGAGAGCGUGGCCGCCCGGGGCCGCUCACUUCCGCUUCCCAUGCCGACCUCCCAUCUGGGCCCGGGAUGCAGAGGACAAGGAGCCCCGAGCCUCCUUCGGAAUGGGGCCCCCAGCGUCAGGCCCUUGCCCGGCCUCCCACUCCCCGCCGAGGACCGUCCUCCGAGCCUGGGGGAGGAAGGCCCCCCCGGAGCCCCCAGCCCUGGCAUCAGGAGGCCAGGACGCAGGCCCCCUCUGGCUCCUCCACUUAUAUCCAGCUGCCCCCAAGAUCUCCUGGGACGCGGGCUUCCAUGGUUUUAUUGCCGGGCCCUCCCCUGGACUCAUCCUUCCACCAAAGCUUGGAGACAGAUACCCUGCUGACCAAGUUGUGUGGGCAGGACCGGCUCCUGAAGAGGCUGCAGGCGGAGAUAGACCAGAGACAGGAGGAGAAGGAGCAGCUAGAAGCAGCCCUGGAGCUGACCAGGCAGCAGCUGGGCCAAGCCACCAGGGAGGCUGCGGCUCCCCCGCGGGCCUGGGGGCGCCAGCGCCUCCUGCAGGACAGACUGGUCAGUGUGAGGGCCACUCUUUGUCACCUGACUCAGGAGCGAGAGCGGGUUUGGGACACGUACAGCGGCCUGGAGCAGGAGCUGGGCACCCUGAGAGAGGCCCUGGAGUACCUGCUGCACCUUGGGUCCCCCCAGGACAGAACGUCCGCUCAGCAGCAGCUGUGGAUGAUGGAAGACACCCUGGCAGGUCUGGGGGGCCCCCCGAAACCACCCCAAAGCACUGAGCCUGACUCCCCGUCUCCUGCCCUCCAAGGCGAGGAGUCUUCAGAGAGAGAGAGUCUGCCUGAAUCCCUGGAACUGAGCUCACCCCGGUCCCCAGAGGCCGACUGGGGGCGGCCCCCCGGGGGAGACAGGGGCCCUGCCAGCCCUCGCUCAGGUGUUGGAUCUCCCAGGAUCUCCCAGGCUUCUAGCCCCGAGGGUCGCUGCCCUCCCUCCCCACAGCCAGGAGCCAAGCGCCCCCAGGCCCGGCCCCGGAUGAGUGCUCGGGAGCAGCUGGAGAGGAUCCGUAGGAACCAGGAGUGCGGACGGCCUCUCCCUCGCCCCACUUCUCCGCGGCUCCUCACUCUGGGGAGGACCCUGUCCCCCGCACGAUGCCAGCCUGACGUGGAGCAAAGGCCUGGCCUGGGACACGCCGGAACCCAGAAAUGGCUCAGAGGCUCCGGGUCCUGGAGCAGUUCGAGGAACACCACCCCUUAUAUUCCCAUGUCCGAAGGUCAUCGGGAGCGAGUCCUCAGCCUCUCUCAAGCUCUGGCCACCGAGGCCUCGCAGUGGCACCGGAUGAUGACAGGUGGAAACUUGGACCCCGGAGGCGAACCUCUUCCCCCGGUGCCGCCGCCUCCGUCAAACCCCAAGCCCCCGCUGCCCUCGCCCCCACGA